GUAGAUUUGUUGAGUUCUCGACCCUACUUUCAACACUUUUCACAUGUUAAUAAAUACCUUAUUUAUUCGUAGCUCUCUUAUGGAUUUACCGACCUGCCCAUGUUGCCUCACUGAGCGGAUAUAGGUAAAACUGAUUAAUCUCCCCGAAAAUGUCAAGCAUUGCAACUUCUGGUGUCGUUCCUUCACAAAUUGUGGGAAAUAUUGCCGAAGGUACAAACUCGACUCUUGUUCAGAAGCCACACAAAAAUGUUCAGGAUUAUGAGUCGGAUUCAGAGUCAGAUACCUCCACAGACAUUGAGGAUGACUCAAGCGAUGAUGAUAAGCGGCUGGCUGACAAUCCAAUACUAAAGGAGCGCUUAAAGCAACUUGAUAGAUAUGCUACUCCUAUAAAACAUCAUACCCAUUCUCCAGUUCAGAUAAUAGAUCAGCAUCCUAUUCCAGGAAUAUAUGCCACAAACGUGCCACCGGAUAACACACCUAAUAAUGGUUCACUUUCUAUUCAUGGAAAGUCAAGUGGACCUUCUGAGCUGAUGGAUAGCAGUCUAACACCUCCUGAAUACCGUUCUCACCAGUUUUCUGCUGCUGAGUCCCCUACCCCUUGCAGUAGUUCCGCUUCCCUGGGCACAUCCAUUACUUCUAAACAUAAUCUUUCCCCACCAAAUACCAUUUUGGGAACAAGCACAAAUGUUUCUGGACCGAUUUCGCAACAUGAAAUACCAGAUGUAUCUGUAUAUGCACAUUCAUCAAAUUCUUUAUCAUGUAAGUCUAGUGAAAUUCCAUCCACAUACACAUAUGGUCAAUCUCUUAAUUCAUCUAAUUUAAUUCAUUCGACUGAUGUAUGUUACAAUGAAGUUGGAGACAAUCAAGCUUGCGUUUGUGAAGUUUGUCAUGUUGUUUAUGCAAACCGGUCUUCCCUUCGAAGCCAUAUGAAAAAGCACUUAAAUCAAAGUAUUAAACGACACCAGUGUGAUCAGUGUCCUUAUUCUACACAGUAUGGCAAGAACUUAUUUAAGCAUAUAGAAUCAAUGCACACUGUUGAUAGCUGUCAAGAAUAUCGCUGUGAAGGCUGCACUCGAUCUUUUACAAAUGAGGAUCUUCUUCGGGAUCACGACUGUAUUGUAACUCAGUAUAACACCUAUCGGUGUAGUGAGUGUGGCAGAGUAUUCAAGACAAAAUUGCGUUUGAAGUAUCACGCAGAUGUACACAACCCUCGGAAGCCUUAUGUGUGUGACAUAGAUGGUUGUGAUCGGGCAUUCCGUACCCCGAAAUAUCUCAAAAACCACCGAGAUGAGUUUCACAGAAUGCAUCCCAAAAACUAUGCUUGUCCUGUAGGACAAUGUGAUCUAAUCUUUCAUCGGAAAACCCACUUAAAGCGUCAUAUCGCCACACAUGAUGAUUCUGAAAAGAAAUACCAAUGUCAAUGGCCUAAUUGUCAACGACGAUUUUGUACUGAAGAAACGUUGAAUCUUCAUCAUAGUAAACAUACUGGUGAAAAGCCUUUUAAUUGUUCCCUGUGUUUGUAUAAUUGUUAUGAUAAACCAAGUUUAAAUGAACAUUAUCAAGUCAAUCAUUCAAAAGACGCAAAUUUUGAUUAUAAUUUCAAAGAUCUUAUUCAUCGAAUACCAUCAACCACGCAUUCGUCACAAUAUCUGUCAGAGACACAAGGUUACAGAGGAUCCUGUGGUGGUGGUGAUGAUGAUCCUAGAGCUUUCGUAGCACGAACAUCUACACCUGUUUCAACUGUACGUCAUAGAAUGGCUGAUAUCUUAGACUCGUGUACUCCUGACAUUCCUGGACCUCUUGAUGCAGAGAUUAAUGGAAUUUUAGAUAGCCUGGAUAAAGAAUCAGAUCUACCAGACUUAUUUAGUAACGGGACUUUGGAGAUGAAUCGUUCAGGUACAGAGCAAAAUUUUACAAACAACGCAAACCUCAACUCUACUGUGCAGGUUUCUCCAUAUCGUCAGAAUAGUCAAUCAUCUUGCCUAGCUACCUUACCACCGUCAUCUUCAGUUAAUUCUGUCAAUGCAGAAUCUGGAACAUCUGAAUCAAGUCUGACAUCACUUUUACCUAAUAUUCUUUCUGAACUUCAGCGUGCAGAACUAUCUGGAUCUAAUGAAGAAUUUGAAAAGGUGAAAUCACAUGUUUUAUCUGUACUCCCGACAUUUGUGAUUGGAGACAAGUUAAGUACACAGAUUAACGAAAUAGUCGAUGAAGUUAAUGAUGCCCUAUUGGACCAACCACUUCACGUUAUACGAGCAGCUUUUUAUACAACUCGCCCUUUUAAUCGAGAAGAAUUAUACAUGAUUGAUUUAUUGGAACAGCAAAUGUUAUCUGAGUCUUCUUCUUUAACAGCUCCAAAUCCGCCUAGAAGACGUGGUAGGCGUCCAAAAUUGCAACAACAAUUACAACCCUACCUUCAACGUAUAUUCUCCUUGGAGUCUGGUGCAGCCGAAUCUAUGGCAUCGCAUCUAGUGAAUGCUUCACAAAAAGAAAAGUAUAUCAAUCAUUAUGGUUAUUAUAGAAGUACUGGAUUUGGAAGAGGUAGAGGUCGUGGUAAAUCCGGUAAACAUCCUCCACCUCCUCAUCCGGUAUCGAAUGUAAAACCACCAUCGUCUGAUGGAUCAAUGUCGAAGAAUAAUCCUUAUAAUCAGUCGGUUUAUCAUCAUCAUAAUUCAGGAGGAUUAAACAUGUGCACUAAUGGUGUAGUGAAAAGAGGUCGAGCGGAUAGUUGUUGUACACAAGGCGAAUAUUGUAUUGAACAAAUAUCCGAUGAUAUGCAUUCUAGCUUUCCUAAUGACAUUAACUCUACAGAACAGUAUCAUAGUCGUCCAGGCGUAAUGCAUACUUCGAAUCAUCCGAAUGACUUGCAUACAACACAUACAGGAAUGUUUCUAAACAGCUAUAAUUAUUAUUCAACUAGAUUUCACUGUCCGUCUGAAAUAAAUCGGCUAGAUAUGAGUAGAAUAUCCCAAAAUUCCAAUGAGGAUGAAUUGAAUGAAAGUGAAGACGAUACUCCUACUACUACUACUUUUAAUAAUAAUAGUAAUAUGACACAUCAAUUUAUGUAUAAUCAGAGUAGAACUGUAACUGAUCAUGAAGACCAUAAAGGAAGGGAUUAUGAAAUGCAGAACGACACACAGAAUAACAAUAAUAAUAAUAGAAAAAAUAGUUCACAUAAUGAAAAAGAUUUCAUGAGUCAAGAUACAAUUGGUGAAAUGUUGGAAGAUUUAGGCGUUAUUGUACAAAAGAUUGGAGAACGUGCUGUGGCAAGAAAACAGCAUCAUCAUCAACAUCAUGCAGAAGGGCAACCUCUUAAUCUCUCUGACUUUGGAGGUGGCAAACAACCUUGUGAUUCUAUGAGUAAUCGGCAUUUUUUUCACAGGAAUGAAACAAAUUCACAGUCUAUCCAACUGCCGUCAAUGGCAACACUGGCAUCAGGUGGUGGUAGUGUAGAUACACCUCCUAGUGUUGAAGAGACUAGUAGUAUUUCAAAUCCUGAAACUCCUCAUAUGUCUGCAGCAUCCUAUCAUGCCCUAUCAUCUUUAAAAUCAUUUAAUGCAUAUAAUCAAACAGGUAUGUCACUGUCAGAUGGUGGUACUAAGAACACGGCAGUUCCAGGCAGUACAUCUGCUAGUAUUUCAAAUACUUCUUCACAAGCAGUGUAUAAUUCACUAACGAAUAAUUAUCAUCGAAAUGCACCAAUGUGGUCCUGUGAGUCUAUGUGUUUCUCAUCUACUCGUGAAGAUGAACUUAGGAAGUCAGAUCAGACUCAUAUAACUAAUAAUUUUAAUCCCCAGAUGAGAAAUUCACAGUCUACAAGAGACUACUCAAAUAAACCGAAUGGAGAUAUGCACCAAAGUUACUAUCCAAAAGACUUAAGCACCAGAGUUCAGCCUUUCGGUUCUCGUUCUGACUCUAUGCAUCAGUCACAGCAUUCACCGAAAGAUUUCACCCGAUCAUCUGAAUCUAAUGAUCCUAAUUUCAAUGAUAUCAUAUCUGGAUCAUUAAGGAAUCAUCAUCCAGCUCAUUUACCUAACAAGGUUUCAUCAGGUUCUUUGAUAUCUACAGCUGAGGCAGUUGAUCACUUACGUUCUCUGUCUGCUUUAGGAGCAAAGUAUACAGCAUGUCUUGAAAUGCAACAAGAAGAAAGUAGAUAUCAGUCGAAUCAACAACGUUUGUUUCCUGAAGAUUAUGCCUACAAUCAGUCACGGAUUCACUCAUCAGAUGCUUCAUUGCGACGUAAUCCUACAGAACAAGGCGGUGAAUCAUUAGUUUCCUCACAAAUGUCGCAUAACUCUGCUCGGAUUCCAACAUCAAAUAUCCUUGGGUAUAAUAUGCCAUCAGCACUGAACAAUCUCCUUUAUAGUGGUCAAAAGCCGAAUGAAUAUGCUGUAUCAUUAUCCAGACUAACUGGCAAUGGACCCUCUCGGGACAAUCCUAUGAACGCAGAUAUUACAACUACUAUGGCAGCCCCUACUAACUGUGCUAGUGGUACUAGUAGUAGUAAUAUUACGCAUAAUGAUGCAGAUUCUUCACCAGCUGUCAGAUCUUCUGGCUUCGGAAAUCACAAUUCAGAUGCAUUUGGUACUUUGAGAAACUAUUCAUCCGCUGCGUCUGUCGCUGCAGCCUAUCAUCAUCAACAAUUAUCGUCAUCGUCAUCAUCAUCACGUUGUGCCAAUAACAAUAGCAAUAAUUCUAUGAGUCGUGGUGAUCUGUCAGGACAUAACAGUUAUGCCAGUAAUCCUGCUCCUUCAUCUGCAGGAUCAUCAUCAUCAGCGUCAUCAUUAUCGGCAUCGGGAUCACUAACUCAUCCCUCCUCUACGGCAUCAUCGUCAUCUCCACCCCUGUCUGUACGAUCUAGUCUACAAGAACUUUAUCAACAUCAUCAUCAUCACCACCACCACCAACAACAACAGCAGUCGACUGUCAGACCACCAAUUCAGGAGUUAACAACUCGACAACUUUUAUCUGAAGCAGCUGCAACAGCGGCUUAUGCACAUGGCUUAGGUCGAUGUGAUGGACAAGGUUUUAAUGGAUUGCCUGUUAUUCCAUCUGGACAACAAGGAGACAACACCGAUGCCUUACAACGUAGUAGUAAUAAUAACAACCAGUAUAAUACUGGAUUUCCAUUCUCUUCAAAUCAAUAUCGUUAUCAGUCAUUUGAGAAUAAUCAAUACACUACUAAUACUACUACUACUACACAAUCAUCAGUAUCUUCUAACAAUCGAUUAGUUAGUGAACAACAAUUAUCGCAUAACAACAACAACAACUCAACUACUGAAUACUGUUCAAAUUCAAAUACAAACUAUGUAGAACACAAUCCUGAUGGUCGUAGUAUCACUACUACUACUACGACGACUACGCCUACUACUAUUACUAAUACAAGUCUACGUGAUAAUUAUUCCCUUUAUCCUUCCCAUCAUCUUCGUCAAGCUUCUACUACUAUGCAAAACACAUUAGGUAAUAAUAGUAGGUCGAUGGUAGAACAUGCUCAAGUGAAUAAUAACACGGCUACUGCAAGUCAACAGCUUGCUCAUUCCAUUCAUGAAGUAUCUGGUCUAGCAGCCGCCUAUGCCUACCAUCAGUAUCAUCAACAACACCAACAACAAGCUGCUCAGGUGACGCCUACAAAUCGUCAGCAUCAUCAAAUCCCUCAAGCUCAAUCAAUACCACCACCCCAGCCACCUCCAAGUGCACAUACACAUUAUCAAAAUCUAUUAGGUCAAACUAAUCGUCCUCCCUACAACACUACUACAGCAGCAGGCCAUUUAGAUGAGGAGAGUUUAUCUCAUCAUCAUCAUCAUAAUAGAGAAUUAACAGCAGUAGUCCCACACCAGUCGUCACACACUGUACAUUCAUCAGAAAGACAUGAUCCAAAAUCAGCUUAUCUAGCUGAAACUUAUCGAAAUGCUCAACAUAUUACUACGACACCAGGAAGAUUUUUCUUCUGAUUUUAUCAUUAUUGGUGUUCACAACAACUCGACAUUGUUUCACCUUUUAUAAAGUAUAAUAAUGUGUACACAAGCCCACAGCAUACUGUGAAAUUUCAUUUUUUUUUCUCUUCUUUUCUUAUGAAAUUAUAGAUUUACUGUUUUGAAACCACUC